AACCCGGUCCUCUCUCUGUCAUCCCCAGCCAGGCUUAGCUGCUGACAGCUGCUUGGGACUCUGCCGCCAGGCCCUUGGCUGGCUUGACAACCUCUCCACUUUUCGGCCACAGUUCCUCCAUGGCUCAGAAGGAAGAGGCCGCUGAGGCUGCGGCGCCAGCCUCUCAGAAUGGAGAUGAUUUGGAGAACCUAGAAGACCCUGAGAAGCUGAAGGAGCUGAUCGAUCUUCCACCCUUCGAGAUUGUCACUGGGGUGCGGCUACCAGUCAACUUCUUCAAGUUUCAGUUCCGGAACGUGGAAUACAGUUCCGGGCGGAAUAAGACCUUUCUCUGCUAUGUGGUCGAAGCACAGAGUAAAGGCGGCCAAGCGCAGGCGACGCAGGGCUACCUGGAGGAUGAACACGCAGGUGCCCACGCUGAGGAGGCUUUCUUUAACACCAUCCUGCCAGCUUUCGACCCGGCCCUCAAGUACAAUGUCACCUGGUAUGUGUCCUCCAGCCCCUGUGCAGCCUGCGCUGACCGGAUUCUCAAAACCCUCAGCAAGACCAAGAACCUGCGUCUGCUCAUCCUGGUGAGCCGGCUCUUCAUGUGGGAGGAGCCAGAGGUCCAGGCCGCUCUGAAAAAGCUGAAGGAGGCCGGCUGCAAACUUCGCAUCAUGAAACCCCAGGACUUCGAGUACAUCUGGAAGAAUUUUGUGGAGCAAGAAGAGGGUGAAUCCAAGGCCUUUGAGCCCUGGGAGGACAUUCAGGAAAACUUCCUAUACUAUGAGGAGAAGUUGGCAGACAUCCUGAAGUAGGCAACAGAGCUCAGCCUUCCAGUUCUACCUGCUGCCACUCAGAGCAAUGACCCGGAUGCCAUCCAGGCUUUCUAAUUCUACUUGGAGUUGGACAUCUGACACAAACCAGUUGCACUGGACAAGACCCUCUCUCAAGAGAACUCAAAACAUACCUCGGGACGUCAUUCAUUCAACCAUGCCUUUUGUAAUAGGGCUAUCAGAAGAAGGAAAAUGAAGACAAGAAAAGCAACUGUGAUGUGGGCAGCAGGUACCUGGGGGUGGAGGGUCUUAUUGCCUCUCCAGGGGUGCUGCCUGAGACAAAGAUCCUCAGUCAAGGUACAGACCUUUGAAAUACAGCUAGAAAAGUGUUCUGAAUUGGGCUGACUUUUUAAAAAAGACAAAAUAGCAACAUCAAUAAAGGAAAUAAGUGGUU